CAGACCAUGAGAAAUUAGGGCCUAAUCUCAUGGAAGCAAACUCAAAGCAGCUACCACUGCCGGAUGCAUUCCUUCAGUUUCUAAAAGAGAACGAAAUCGACCCAUCUAUUUAUUAUACCUCCAAUUCUCAUUUUACCCCUCGUUAUGUUAGAUUAAAGCCUGGAUGUGAGGAUCAACUCGAGGCAAUUGAAGCCGAAAUUAAAUGUAAGCUCGAGAAAGUUGAAUGGCUGCCGGGUUUUUAUUCGUUACCACCAGACAUUCAGAUUGCUAGCUCAAAGGCAUACCAGGAAGGAAAGAUGUAUGGAAUUGAUGCAGCAUCUGGAGCCGCUGUUUCAGCUCUUAAUAUAUCACCUGGUGAUCAUGUUCUUGAUCUUUGUGCUGCUCCAGGUGCUAAACUUUGUAUGGUAUUAGAAAUCCUUGGAAACUCGGGUUCUGUAACUGGUGUUGAUGUGGCCAGACAUCGGUUAGCUGCUUGUAGAAAUUUGAUCCAGAAAUAUUCACUUGGAGAUCACUGUCGUCUAUUCGUCGCUGAUGGAGUUUCAUUUUCUCUAAUCCCUAUCCGGGUUCAUUCUGAGUUUACAUCUUUGGACAACAGGGAAUUUGAUAUGGAUGGAGAUGAUGUUUUAUACAAGGAGUGGACAUCUAGGAGGCCAUGGAAGGAAAGGAAAAAGGCAGUUAAAGAACGAGAAAAGGGCUCUAUGCAAUUGAUUCAACACAAUCAAGAUCCGGAGAUGAUAUAUUAUGGUCGGCAUUCCGGGGUUGUUGGUUUGAGUAAAUCUAAAUUGUUUCAAAUUGUUUCUAGCCACGAUAUAUCAAGAAAUGGUUAUGAUAAGGUACUUGUGGAUGCAGAGUGCACACAUGAUGGUUCAAUCAAACACAUACAGAAGUUUGACAACUGGGGAUGGUCAACUCUAGAGCGGCGUGUCUUGGAUGCAGAUAGAACCGAUGAUUUGACUGUUCUUCAGUUUGGGCUUUUAACGAAUGGUUUCAAAUUAUUAAAAGUGGGAGGCUACCUUGUUUACAGCACUUGCAGUUUAACUUCUGCUCAGAAUGAGGACGUGGUUGAGAAAUUUCUUUCACUGAAUGUAUCUGCUGAGUUGGUUGAAAUAGACGGGUCCAAAUCUUGGCCUUGCAAGAGUGGGCGGAUACCAAAGACUUUGCGUUUUGAUCCACUGACUUCUAGAACUAGUGGCCUUUUUGUGGCCAAGUUCACAAAACUCGCAAUGUAAGUAAAGUUUUUCAGUGUUCAUGAAUCAGAUGCACAUGAAAGAGGAUUAUGGAGGCGGUACCACAAGCUCAAUAUGUUUGCAAGCUGCACCUGUUAACGACUUAACGCUUGAGGAAAGCGUCUGCUUCUCAUCAAACAUUGCAGAAGUAACGUGAAUUUAGGAAAAUAUGUACGAAUUUUUAGUUUUGGUAUAAAUGUAGCUUUUUUGUAGUUCAAAGAGUUCUGCUUACAAAUCGCAAGCACAAUGAUUGGUCAAAUUUAGAAAAAUGUACAAUUGAAGGCUACAGUUUUUGCCGCUACAAGUUUUAAUUAUCACAAAUUUUAAUACUAUUAUUUGAUUUGAUUU